CUGUUUCGUUUGACGCAUUCGGAUUCGUAAAUUAAGCGUAAUCACUACCAACAUCGUCAGAUUUUUGUUUUAUAAAAAGAAUCUUAGGCAUAACUCAAUAAUUAAAUCAUACAAUGUGUUCAAGUUGGAUGUUCAAAUUACUAUGAAAUUAUUUAAAUUAUACUACAAUACAUGGCUUCUUGGGGGUCAUCGUACUUUCUUCGGUCGGAGGAAGUACGACCUGGGAAGCUGCAAUCUAGUGGAGCCCGGCAAUGUGUCUCCUGAACGAACCGUGCCAAAGCAUAUCAUUAAACCGAGUUACUACUUUGCCAGAAACUCGCCCAGCUCAGGCAAUGGACCUAUCGAAAUCAAAUCGGACACACAGGUCGAAGAGAUGCGAAAAAGCUGCAAAUUGGCUGCAAACAUUUUAAAGAGAGCUUGCAGUUUUGCCAAGGUAGGGGUCUCUACCGAUGAGAUUGAUGAAUUUGUUCACAACGAGGCAAUAGACGCAAAUGCGUAUCCGUCCCCAUUGCGCUACUUAGGAUUUCCUAAGUCGGUGUGCACUUCCGUGAACAAUGUCGCGUGCCAUGGCAUACCAGAUGAUAGAAAGCUGAUGGAUGGAGACAUCGUCAAUAUUGAUAUAACUGUGUUCUACAAUGGAUACCACGGGGAUUGUUCACGAACCGUUCUAGUGGGGAACGUCGAUGAUCGAGGGCGUUAUUUGGUAGAUUCCACUGAGGCGUGUUUGGCGGAGGCGAUUCUCUGCUGCGGCCCAGGGCAACCACUCUACAUAAUAGGAAAAUCAAUCGCUCGAUUCGCCAAACGGAAGAAGUUGACCGUAAUGCCUGCCUUUCUAGGACAUGGGAUCGGAAGCUAUUUCCAUGGACCACCGGAUAUAUAUCACUUCGACAACGACUACCCAGGAGUAAUGCGGCCAGGAAUGACAUUCACAGUAGAACCUAUUCUCACAUUGGGUACUAUGGAAGCGGAAAUUCUUGAAGAUGAUUGGACCGCUGUAUCGGCGGAUAAUGCUAGAAGUGCCCAGUUCGAACAUACAAUUCUAAUCACUAACGACGGCUGCGAAGUGCUAACGAUACCAGACUAGCUUUACCAUGUCGUUGGCUCCAAAAAUAGUUGUAAUGCAUGCUUUGAAUACAAAAUAAUUUGGAUUGUG